AUGCUUGACAAGUUUCGGGAAGAGUGCGGAGUCUUUGGGGUUUUUGGACAUCGUGAGGCGUCCCGGAUCGCCUAUCUGGGCCUGUACGCCCUUCAGCAUCGGGGCCAGGAGAGCGCGGGAAUCGUCUCGACCGAUGCCAACGACCUCCACAGCGAGACGGGGAUGGGCCAUGUGGCCGACAUCUUUACCCAGUCUCGCCUGGAGAAUCUGAAGGGGGAGACGGCCAUUGGCCAUACCCGCUACUCGACGGCGGGUGAGAGCGCGGCGAAAAACGCCCAGCCCCUGGUGGUUUCCUGCAGCCAGGGGGAGUUGGCGCUCUGUCAUAAUGGGAACCUUAUCAAUGCCUUGCAGGUGAGGGGCCAGCUCGAGAAGUCCGGCUCGAUCUUUCAGUCCACCAGCGAUAGCGAGGUCAUUCUUCACCUCAUUGCCCGAUCCCGCCAGGGAACCAUCGAGGACGCCAUCCAGGAAGCGCUGUCGCAAUUGACAGGGGCCUACUCGCUGAUUUUCCUGACCCACGAAAAAGUCAUUGCCGUUCGGGAUCCGCGGGGAUUCCGUCCCCUCAACCUGGGCUGGCUGGACGGCUCUCCGGUGCUGGCGUCGGAGACCUGUGCCUUUGACCUCAUCGAGGCCCGGUAUGACCGGGAAGUCGCCCCCGGGGAGAUGCUGACGCUUUUCAAGGGCGGGAUCCGGUCUCGCCAGAUCUCGCCGCCGCGGCCUCCUUCCUUUUGCGUCUUCGAGCACGUCUACUUUUCCAGGCCCGACAGCCAGAUCUUUGGCCGGUCCGUUUACGAAAGCCGUCAGCUCCUGGGGCGAUGCCUGGCGCAGGAGCAGCCGGUGGAGGCCGACAUCGUCGUACCAGUGCCGGAUUCCGGAGUGGCUGCGGCCAUCGGCUUCUCCCAUGAAUCGGGGAUCCAGUUCGAAUUCGGACUUAUCCGCAACCACUAUGUCGGCAGGACCUUUAUCGAGCCCAAGCAGUCCAUUCGCCAUUUCGGGGUCAAGAUCAAGUUGAAUCCGGUGGCGGCGUUGAUCCGGGGGAAGCGAGUCGUUCUGGUGACGACUCCCUCGUGA